ACAGCGCCGGUACGACUGCCCCCUAUAGACAAUUUGAAUUUAGUGAACCAUAACGACGGCACCCCUCCCUCAACACCUCCGCCACAAACUCCCAAACAAAUUGUUCCGCAAACGCCUCCCAUCUCCAGCGUUGGCACCAGUUUUGUGAUGCCAUCCAAAGCUCAAACACAAAUGAAGCCGACGUCAGCCCCGGCCGGACGGCUCAGUGCAACCAGUGCUUCGGCUAUGAAUUACCUGCGAGUGAGGGGAGCGGGAAGUAAGAGAGGCAGUGGUAGUGACACCGACAGUAUGAUGAGUCAGUCAACUACUCCAAGAAGUUCUUUCCAAACGGAUACCACUAUAUUGAGUACACCUCGCAGUUCGUUCCAACACCCGGACUCACCUCAGAUGACCAGCAAAGCUGGAGUUGUCGUCACUUCUUCCAGAGCUUCCUCUCGCAGAUCCAGCACCGCAUCCGCCGCUUCCGCAUUCGCUGUGGCGACGGCCGCCUCAAGCAAUCCUCCGGAGCCUAUGGAUCACACGAAGCAAUCAUUACCGCAAUCUCGAGCCAACAGUCGCCUUCCCAGUGCUGUCGGCACUGACCUAAAGAUUCCGAACGCAAACCGAGUGAAGAGAGAGUCGAUGAUAAGUACGGCGGCAACGAUGCGGGUCCUCAAUGUGCUGAGACAUUGGGUGAGCAAACACUCACAGGACUUUGAAAACGAUCCAAAGUUACUGCAAUUGGCGACUGAAUUCUUGGAAGAGUUGGUUCACAACACAAACCUACUUCCGGCCGAACACAAGGCAGCCGUUCAGCUCUUGGGGAUGAUCUCGAAACAGGCGCUCGAAUACAGAGAUAAAAUCGAUUUGGAUGUCCUCUUAUCGCAGAAGUGA